UCACUUCCAGCAACAACAGCAAACGUCAAACCUGCCAGGCGAAGAGACGGGCGGCGGCUUUCCCUGCGCGUCAGAGGCGCUCUCCCGGUGCCCGCUGCCUCUUCCCGCUGCCUCGGGCUUCACAGUCUCUUCCUGCCCGGCGAGGCUCACGCACUGACUCGGGCCGAGGUCGUCGCGGCGGCGGUUGGGACUCGACUUCGCACAGGCUCACAGAUGGGUCAGGGACUCUGGAGAGUUGCUAGGAACCAGCAACUGCAACACCAAGGAUACAGUGAGCAAGGUUAUCUUACCAGAGAACAUGGUAGAAGAAUAACUGCUAACAAUGUUUCCAAUACAAGCCACCGCAAGCAAACUCAAGGAGGCAUUGAUAUCUACCACCUGUUGAAAACAAGGAAAUCUAAAGAACAAGAAGGAUUCAUUAACUUGGAAAUGCUGCCACCAGAGCUUAGUUUUACCAUUUUGUCAUACCUGAAUGCAACUGAUCUCUGUCUAGCUUCAUGUGUCUGGCAGGAUCUUGCAAAUGAUGAGCUCCUCUGGCAAGGGUUGUGCAAAUCCACUUGGGGUCACUGUUCUAUAUACAACAAGAAUCCGCCUCUAGGAUUUUCUUUUAGAAAAUUGUAUAUGCAGCUAGAUGAGGGCAGUCUCACCUUUAAUGCCAACCCUGAUGAGGGAGUCAACUACUUUAUGUCCAAGGGCAUACUAGAUGAUUCACCGAAAGAAAUAGCUAAGUUUAUCUUUUGCACAAGAACACUAAAUUGGAAGAAGCUGAGAAUCUACCUUGAUGAAAGGCGAGAUGUUUUGGAUGACCUUGUGACGCUGCACAACUUCAGAAAUCAGUUCUUGCCAAAUGCACUGAGAGAGUUCUUCAGACACAUUCAUGCUCCUGAGGAGCGUGGAGAGUACCUUGAGACUCUCAUAACAAAGUUCUCUCACAGAUUCUGUGCUUGUAACCCAGAUUUGAUGAGAGAGCUUGGCCUUAGCCCUGAUGCAGUUUAUGUACUGUGUUACUCUUUGAUUCUGCUUUCCAUCGAUCUCACAAGCCCUCAUGUGAAGAACAAGAUGUCAAAGAGGGAAUUCAUCCGAAAUACACGAAGAGCUGCACAGAAUAUUAGUGAAGAUUUUGUAGGGCACCUUUAUGACAACAUCUACCUUAUUGGCCAUGUGGCUGCCUAAAAGCACAAUUUGCUAGCACUUAAAGUUUGUAAUUUUCAAAAGCUACAUCAAUUCAAGAAAUUAAUUAUUUUGUAGAGAUGGGGGUUAUUUUAGUGCUGGUCAUUCUAACCUCUGUAUGCAAUUAAAGUUUGUGUGUGUAAGUGUGUGUAUAUGUAAAACUACCUUUUCUAUCUAUUUACUGUGGGAACAGAAGGACUUGGAGAUUUUUUUUUUCAUAAUUUUUUUAGUUUUGCACAAAACAAUGCCAUUAGUCUGACACAGCCAUUUACAAAUGUUAAACUGACAUUACAGUCUACGAUGACAAAAUGGUAAAUUUGUGCAUUAGAUCUGCUUGAAAUUUUAAUAUGUUUGUUCUUUUUAGAAUACCAUGUAAUGUGUAUAUAUUUAACUAAAGAGAUUUAUAAUCAUAAUUAUUUUAUUGUAAGAUAUUUUAACUAAAAUUUCUCCUUUUAUCUCCUAAAAUAGUGUUGUACUUUUUUUUUUUUUUCGCAUUUUUUACAGUGCUGACUACCUCAGAUACCUAAGUUAGAGAAACAGUGGUCUCAAUACUACAAUAAAGUUUACUCCAGGAGCUGAGAGAACACUUGUAAAAUGUCUAAGCUGAUAUUUAAUAUUGUAUUGUAUAACUUGACUUAGCAUUUUGCCAAUCUGCUGUCCACUCAAGUGUAAAGAUUAGAACCUCUGUUUUAGAUUAACUCCAAAGUCACACAGGGAUGGCAUAGGGAAAUUGUUCAGUAUACACAGAGAGUGUUAACCUGUAUUGCACAUAGCAGUUAUUUGGGACACAGAACAACUGAAAUCAUUCAUUUAUCAUGGAAAGCAAGAAAAACUCUCCACAGGGAAAGUGGUAGAGGUGGCUAACAUGUUGCUGCUUUCAGCUGCUUCCCUCAGUCUGGAAGUGUCAGUGAUGGAAAUGCCUAGGCAAAUACAUACCAGAUGACUCAUUGCUAAAUGUAUUGAAAACUGACUGUGCAAGACUAGAGCAGUGACUGUGCAGGACUGGGGAGCCAUUUCAGACUCAUACCGAAUUAGUCUUUCUAAAUCUGUUGUGUAACUAGGUUUUAAGUAGCUUUAUGAUUAUGAAAACAUCUUGAAAGUAGUUCUGGUUGGGUUAUGUCUUGCAUAAAAAUUGUUAGCAAAACAACCACCAUGUGUGUACAGAAAUUGCAUAAGGAUUUGCCUGUUGGCCUGUUGUUUUUUUUCUGAUGACUCAGAGCAGUGCAUUUCUUAAACUGUGUAGUUGAAAUCAGAGAUGUUCCUGAUUAUUUGUUUACAUAGUACUCGGCUAUCACUAGCAUCUGGAUUCAUUGUAAUAACAAGUAGAUGUAUCCUUUUUUCCCUAACACACCAUGAGAUGAGGUAGAAAGAUAUUUUUAGUUCUGUUUUACAGAUUAAUCUGAGUUUUUAUGUAGGAAGCCUAUGGCAGAGCAGGAAAUUGAAUGCAGGUCGUAGUCCUAGCUACACACUUUGCCCAUGCUUCUGCUUUCUGUUUGGCAGUUAGGAGGUGUAACAUUUGUCUUAGAUAGGAGAAAAGUGAUGGCAAUGGCAGUCCACAUAAGAGUUACAUAAAUGACGGGAGUUAAAAAAAAAAAGUAGCCACUACUUCUAUUCCAAGGGUUUAGAAUAUGGUACUUAUAGCUCUGGUCCACAUGAACAAAGUGCAUCCACAGAAUGUUGUAUGGGGUUUAUUGCUUUAGCUUGCUAUUCAAGUGUAAAUGCAGUUUGUAUUUGUGUAGCCUAUACAGCCAAAUCCAGGAGCCAGCAGCGCUGUAGCUGUCUUCCAGACAGGUUUUAAAAUACCACUCCUGUCUCUCAGAACAACUUUUCAUCGCCACCCUCUGUCAUGUCAUUCCACACUAAAGAAUGUGUCUCUGUGCUCUUUACAGUGAUCUGAUGCAAAGACCACAGAAUAUAGCUUUCUAGAAAGCACUCCUCGGAAGAUGCACACUUAAAAAGAGGAAUUUAUUGACUUUUGAAAUUACAAAUAAUCUUAUCAGGAAAUGUUUUCUUCUGAAACAGCAAAUGUUUAUUUUCUGAUUGGUAUUUAUGUUGGUUUUAGUGAUACUGGUUUUGAUUUUGCAUUGAUGUAGGAGUACAAAUUGUUAAUCUUCAUGUCUCCUAAUUUCCAGUUAUCCUCCAUUCCCAUUGUCAAACAGAGAGAACAAAGCCUCCAGGCAGAUAUAUUGUGGGUUUUUUUCUGGAAUAUAUGAAUACAUCUGUGAACAAGGUUUAGAAAACUUCAAGACUAGUGUAACAGCCAAGAAGAUAAAUUAGAAGCAGGAUGAUAGUUAAGUUGCUGUAAGAUGGAAGUCCAGACAAAAAGAAAAAAAAAAAGAAAAUCCUGAUCAUAUGCAAAUACAGCAUCUGCUCUUCAUGGUAGGAUUUUGAGUAGUGUUAGAGGGCUAGCACCUGACGCAUGCAGCACAUUGUUACUAACUCAGAAUGGAACAGAAAACAACUAAAAAUUCUAAUACACAUUUCUACUGUCCCUUUUUCUUUUGAACAUCGAGUCUUUCUCUGGGAUGGCAGAGAAGUAAUUUUUUACAUUUUAAGAAUCUAGUCUUUUCAUGAAGUUAAGUAAUUACCUGCCUUAGAAGAAAAAAAUCUUAAGCAGAUGUAACAUUAGUUAUUACUAAGUGAGAAAGAUGAAGCUCAAAUUCUCUUAAUUAUCUUCAGAAAGCCCUCUAAAAUGUACGUUUUGGGCAAUGUCUUCUUCAGUAUGCUAUUGCUAUCUCCACAUACAUCAUAAACCAGAGCUAGAUACUUCACUGAUCCAGGUGUCGCUAAAUGAUGUGGAGAUAACUAUUUGGUCAAUGGAUUCCAAGCCUGCUUACAUAAGCGUUAUCAUACUCAUAACUGCAAAGUGCUUUCCAAGCUACUGAGAUUCCACUACUGCAUGUCCUUUGAAUUCUGGCCUUGUGACAUUUCAGGCUAACUGCAGCACAGAAUGAAGGAAUGAGCCUGCAGCCCAUCCCCUUGCAAAUGUUACUCUAGUCAUAAAAGGCACUGAAGUUGUGUGCUGCAUGACCAGUUCUGAAGUUUUACUAACUCUAGUACAUGCAACAGUGACAGAGGAAAAUUCUGUGUUCAUAUAGAGUACAUGAGUCCACGUAAAAGCUGUCACAUAAUACAGCUUAUUUUUUGCCUGCAUUAAAUUCUGAGGCUCUCAUGUGGUUUAGUUACAGUGUCUGAUAUUCUGCAUUUUCUAAAACUGCUUCUUCCAUUCAUUCUCUGAAAAGAUUUGUACACCUUUGGCUUUUUAAAAUAUAUUGAAGCUGCUUCAACCUACAAAAGUCCAAACAAUUGUAAGUUAGAGACGUGUCUGUCACUUUUGAAGUGGGCGAGAAGUUUGCAUUCAGGAAAAGAAAAAAUCCAUAUGUUCUCUUCAGCCCUUCUCUCUACCCCCACAUUGAAAAAAGACAAAUUAUAUAUGGUUCUAAAAUACAGGUUUAACAAAAUAAACUGUCUAGCUGGACAAAUGAAUGUUACUGUUUCCUCUUCAGCAGUUUAAGUUCUUUACAUAAGCAAAUUUAUCAAUAGAAAUUGCUCUUUUUUUGAAGUGGUCAUAGUUUUGUCUAAGGUUGUCAUUGUGUAACCUGAUUUUUUUUUAUAGUUUUGUUUUUAAGAAACAGCUAUUAAAUUAUUUUAGGUGCUUAAACAAAAUUGAGGUAUAACUACUUGAUGGUGUUAAACUGUCAAAACGGAGAUAUUGGGUAUUUAUAAAAGUCAGAUUUACUUGCCUUAUAUUAGACUAGGAUUUUUUUUUAACAUUUUUCAUGUAAGUAUCAAAACUAAUAAACAUUAAGGCUGA